UUAUUGCCAUUGGCGAAGCACAUGCAUUUUGGCACCGGAGCUUUCUACCUUUGUGUUGCCAAUCCAUUCGUUUUUGUAUUCGCGUCGGCAGCAGUACUGUUGACUCAGAGCCCAAGUGCCGGGAUUCCAAGUAUUAUAGAUAACGCGACAAUGGACUACAAACGGGUGAACUCUCCGCCGGCUUACUCGGAUGACAUGGCCACAGCCCCACCGCACGAGAUGGAUCACCCACAACAGCAGCAGCACCUGUAUCCUCCAAUGCCGAUGCCUCCAACAAUGCCGAUGGUUCCGGCCCAGGUCGUAGCUCCGGCUCCGCCGCCGGUAAGCGUGGUGCAUCACCAGACCACAGUUCUGGUGGACUCACCCGGCCACGGAAUGAUCUGUCCCCACUGUCAUGCUCGGAUUCGUGUGCGUGCGGAGCACCAUCCCACUGGCAAGACUUACUGCUUGGCAGCUAUCCUCUGCCUCUUUCUGUGCUGGCCCUGCGUUUGCGUUCCAUGCUGCUGCAACUGCUGCUACAAGACCUCCCAGUUCUGCCCCAACUGCAAUGCCUGUUUGGGAUCGUUUUGAAGACGUCAGCGAAAAAUAUUCGCCAAACUCGGCUACAUAUUCAUAUGAAUAUCCUCAAAUACAUUUGUAUGCCGAUGCAUACAUAUAUUUAUAAGAUUUGCUGGAUCACUUAAAUAAAAUAAUAUACUUAAGACUACAAAUCGAAAUCAUCUUAACUAAAUGCAUAGAAAACUCUAAACUAGAUGAACAAAUAAAGCUUUCUCAAGCAAAGCAUUUUGUGGGAGUCCCACUUUUGAA